AGGAACACACGGACGGAUGCGUUAGUCUUAUUAAUUAUAGAGGAUAACGUUUCUUUUUGAGCACUGAUUGUUCAAUACUAUAUCAGACCGUUGAUCAUAAUGGAAUGCGUUCAUGCUGAUAAGAGAACGCUGAAGUGCCGCUGUAAUCGAUGUUUUGAACGUUUAUAAGAAGAUGGUGGAAGCCAAACUUGACCCCAUGAAGUUUUCUACCUAUACCUCCUAAAAGACACUGUGGUCUCACUUGGUUUUGUGUGCAUUUUGAUUACACCCUUUUUGAUUCCAUAAAGAAACUGCAGCAGUGAAAUGCUACUGAAGGAAAUUCCUCGGGAUACUCUUGUUCGACCUUUGUCAAGAAAUGAAGUGGUUGGAUUACUUGUUAGGCUUACUAUUUUUGGAGCUGCUACCUAUUUUAGUAUAAAAUGGGUGGUAGAUGCUCUAGAUCCCACCCGCAAACAAAAGCUACAGGAAAAGAAAAAGGCAGAAGAGCUCAUGAAGCAGAUUGGGGUGGAGGGUGUAAAGCUAACUGAGUAUGAGAUGAACAUUGCCUCCCAUCUGGUAAAUCCAAGGAGUAUUAAAGUUACGUGGAGAGAUAUUGCUGGACUAGAUGAUGUUAUCACAGAGUUACAGGAUACUGUCAUUUUGCCAUUUCAGAAAAGACAUUUGUUCAAAGGAUCUAAGCUUUUUCAGCCACCUAAAGGUGUGCUAUUGUAUGGACCCCCAGGAUGUGGAAAGACUCUAAUUGCAAAAGCUACUGCGAAGGCUUCUGGAUGUCAGUUCAUAAAUCUUCAAGCAUCCACUCUUACGGACAAAUGGUAUGGAGAGUCUCAAAAGCUGACCGCUGCUGUCUUCUCCCUUGCAGUUAAGAUACAACCCUGCAUCAUCUUUAUUGAUGAAAUAGAUUCAUUUUUGAGAAAUCGUUCCAGUUUGGAUCAUGAAGCCACUGCUAUGAUGAAAGCACAGUUUAUGAGCCUUUGGGAUGGACUGGAUACAGGAACAGAUUGCCAGGUCAUGGUAAUGGGUGCCUCAAACAGACCUCAAGAUGUGGAUCCAGCUAUUUUGCGGCGGAUGCCAACCACCUUCCAGAUAAAUCUUCCUACUCUUAAACAGAGGCAAGAUAUCCUGAAGCUCAUUUUGACAGGUGAAAAUCUGAGCAAUGCCAUUAAUCUAAAAGAAAUUGCAGAGAAGACAGAUGGGUAUGCAGGCAGCGACCUCAAGGAACUGUGCCGUGAUGCAGCCAUGUACCGCGUCCGUGACUAUGUCCGCAAGCAGCAGAUGAGGCAAAUUGUGCAGCAGCUCAAAAGUAAUGGUGAAAACGAGGAAAGACCAGUGGAUGAGGACUGUCUGAGGCCUAUAACUCAAAUAGAUUUGCUAUUUGCUGUGGAAAAAAUGAAGGAAUCCAAAGCUGCUACCUCCUCAGAAAUAGCUAUGCGUGAAUUUCCUUUGGACUAACAAAACAAAAAAAAUAUCUUGUUUUUGAAGACUUUUGUCCCUUUUCAUAACUCUUUAAUUCAAGCAAGAUAAAUUAUUUAUGAAUUUCAAACUGAAGCAACUUUAAGAAACUGGAAUUCUCCAAAAACAUCUAUUUUAAUGGAGAAGCACAAUGAUUGAUCAUCAUCCUCUGUGAUUAUUGCACUGAAGUUCACGAAAACUUUAGAUUUAAACAGCAAGUAGUUAAAUGCACAUGCUUGCAAAUAUAGCUGUGUUCUGUCUAAAGUAGAGUUAGUCCUUCAUGUUUUUGAAUAAAUCACAACCUGGAAAAAAUAGAUCCAGGAUAUUAUAACACAAACAACCCUAGUUCAGUCCAAUACUGCAUAUUAAUAUGUAACCAUGAGGACUAUUUCAUACUAUGUGGAUUAUAAUUACACUUACAGUCCCAACGCUUUGAAAGAUUCAAGAGACGUUUAAAAAAUUUUGCACAGCUCGAGACAAAACUGCAGAAUUGACUUGUUUUCUUGUUUUAUGAAUGCUUCCCAAAGUGUAUUAUCUAGCAAUCCGCAGAAGCAGCGUAACAGUAAAAACAGAAGUGAAGCACAGAAGAAGAGACAAGAUGCAAAUUUGUUUUGUUUAUUAGACAAAAUAUAUGGAAUCUGAUGACUGUGUUGUUUAAGAAAAUAGGCAAAAGCUGAACUUAGGAAUUCUCUUUCCAAAACACUUGCAUUAAUUUGACUUGCUAUGUUAAGUUUAAAAAAUCAUGCAAGUUAAACUCAAGUAAAGAAAUAAACAUGUUUAGCUCCACUCCAGAAACAAUUAGCAUUGCAAGCUGUGGGGUUUCAUACAGAUUUAAGCUAGCUUUAUAUAGAUUAAUGUAUAGCGUAUCUGGAGUAGAUUUUAGUUGUUGAAUUAAUCUAAAUACAGCUUUAUCAGAGUGUAAAUGGAAGAGAUUCGAAGCAUUUCGGGUGACUAGUUACUCAUGGUUCAUUAACGGUGUUUAUCAUAAUGUAGUGUUUUCAAGCUGGCUUAAUGUAAAUCAGGGUUAUGGAAAUCCAAUGCCUAUCUCAGCAGCACUGGGCACAUGGCAAGAAGCAGUCCAUUACAAUGGUCAAUCAUGCAGACUCUCAUAGGGACCACGUUUAUGGUUGCCAAAGAAUCUAACAGUUGUGUCUUUGUGGAUGUGUAAGAUAAACGGAGUACCUGAAGGAAUCUCAAGGACACAUGGGGAGAAUGUGCAAGAUCCAUAGUGAACACUACUAGGCUGCCCAAAGUUUAAUACUGAAAUGUUGUGUAUGCUGCGGUGGGUUGGCACCCUGCCCAGGAUUGUUUCCUGCCUUGUGCCCUAUGUUGGCUGGGAUUGGCUCCAGCAGACCCCCGUGACCCUGUGUUCGGAUUCAGCGGGUUGGAAAAUGGAUGGAUGUUGUGUAUGUACAAUACGUGUGUGAAUACUGCUGUCUCAGUGAAUAGGAUACCUUGUAGGUUUUACAGCUGGCAUCUUGUUAUAUAUUGAUUUAGUUUGUCUGUGUAUACAGCGUACAACUGAAAAGACAGCAGAGAAGAACUGAUUUCUAAGUCAACAUCAAGAUUAGACUGCUGACUAAUGGUGAUGAGUGUUUUCUGUUUUACUCUACUGCUGGAAUGGAAAAUAAUGUAAGGCAAGUUGCUUCUUCUUACUGCUUUUUUGUUGAUUUUUCUGAUCUGGGCAAAAAGUGAGUUGGAACAUCACCACAAGAUAAUACAAGAGGAAUUGAGAAGCAUUUUCACAGUAAAAACACAGUUAGUGCAUUUACAUACACUUCAAUAACCAGAUUAUUCAAAGAAAUCUGUUUUCUAAAAUACCACAAAAAAACCCUUAUUGUGAUUAGAGAAACUGGGAUAUUGGCCUCUGAUAAACCUGAUUAACAGAGCUAGAUUUAACCGUCAUUAACCUGAUUAUGUGGAUAAGUGAACCCAUAACCAGGUUAACUGUAAGGGUUUUGUAGUCUGUGCAUGUCUGUUGUGCUCUGUCAGUCUGCACAUGUAUUUACUUCACACACACUUUCAGCAGCCACGGGUAGACGAGUCCACAAAGUGCAUUUCCAGAGGCAAAUGUUUGUUGUAUGGCAUUACUCCUUCUUCUGGCUGAAAUAAUCUGUCGAAAAAUUGCUAUAUUUGUGGUGAUGAGCUGAAUGUACAGGGCUACGUUCAGUAACACAAUCUUGAGAGUAAAAUUUUAAAAGUAAUGUGCAUUAAGUAGUCUGAUUACUUUUUAAAGUAACGAGUAAUCUAACACAUUUCUUACU